CACAAGUCGUUUCGACAUGAAGGCGAUCACACUGGUAGCGUUGGCGGGCCUCGUAGCUCUGGCUGCAGGUUACGUCGUUGUCCCGGAAGACAAGAUCACGUACGCGGACAAGGAUUUCCUGGUCAAGCAAAAACAGCUGUUGGAGAUAUUCCAGCAUGUUCAUCAACACGAAGUGCACACCGAACUGUGGGAAGUGUCCAAAGGAUACAAAAUUGAAGAUAAUUACGAUCACUACACCAAUGUUGAGGCCAUAAAGGAAUUCAUCAGUUUCUACAAACAUGGAAUGCUGCCUUUCGAUGAGAUCUUCAGCGUCUUCCACUAUCCCCACCGCGAACAGGCCAUCGCUUUGUUCCACCUGUUCUACUACGCAAAGGAUUGGGACACGUUCUACAAAUCGGUCGUCUGGGCCCGUUUCCACGUGAAUGAAGGUAUGUUCGUGUAUGCCGUGACAGUUGCUUUACUACACCGCAAGGAUUUGGCUGGCCUGGAACUGCCGGCUCCCUACGAAAUCUACCCAUAUUACUUCUUCAACACCGAUGUCGUCCAGAAGGCUUCCCAGUACAAGAUGCAAGGAUUCUAUGGAAUGAAGAAGGUCGAAGACGUCUAUACGGUUGUCAUUCCAACAAACUACACCGGCUGGUACGUGCACACUAAUGUCGACCAGAAGGUUUCGUAUUUCACCGAAGAUAUUGGUCUCAACACCUACUACUAUUAUUUCCACGCUGAUUAUCCAUUCUGGAUGGGCGGUAAGGAAUUCGGCCUAUACAAAGACCGUCGCGGAGAACUGUUCCUCUUCAAACACCAACAACUGCUGGCUCGUUACUACUUAGAGCGCCUGUCCAACGAUCUCGGAAUUAUCCCAGAAUUUUCAUGGUACAAACCUCUCGUCACCGGAUACUAUCCCAACUUGAACUACUACAACGGAGUUUCGUUCCCAUCGCGCGAAAAUGGCCACUACGUGUACACUGCAGAGAACUACUACGACAUCGAUGAACUGGUCGACUACGAGCACCGCAUCCGUGAAGUCAUCGAUCAGGGAUAUCUGGUUCUACCCGACGGAAAGCAAGUUGAUCUGACCAAGCCCGAAUCAAUCGAAUACCUUGGAAACGUCAUCCAAGGCAACCCGGACAGUGUGAACACCCGCUACUACAAGUACGUCGGCCAAAUCGCUCGCAUUCUGUUGGGAGCUUCCGUUGAACACUUCGAUGACCACAAAGUCAUCCCGAGCGUCUUGGAACACUAUGAAACCUCCCUACGUGACCCGAUAUUCUACCAACUGUACAAGCGUAUCAUCCACUGGUACUGGGAAUUCAAGGACCAUCUGCCGCACUACACGUACGAUGAGCUGAACUUCCCAGGACUCAAGGUUGAAACCGUUGAAGUCGACAAGCUGGUCACCUACUUCGAUCGCUCGGACUCCGACAUCACCAACGCCGUCGAUGUCGAAGUGUUCGAUGAAACCUCGAUGAAGGGAUCGGAUAUCAAGAAAUUCGGCAAAAUCGCCCACUAUCAGGGAGAGGACUUCGUCAUCAAGGCUCGCCAGUGGCGUCUGAAUCAUAUGCCAUUCACACUGAAGCUGAACGUUGUGUCGGAGAAGGUAACCAAGGGUGUCGUCCGAGUAUAUCUGGGACCCAAAUACGACCAGUACGGACAAGCUUACGGAAUCAACGAGAACCGCGAGAACUUCUUCCUGUUGGAUGUAUUCCCGUACGAUUUCGUCGUUGGCAAGAACGUCAUUACCCGCGAUUCGACCUCGUUCUUCAUGUUCGUCCAGGACCGUACCCCCUACUACGAACUGUACAAGUGGGUCAUGGAUGCCUCUAACGGUGUGAAGAAGUUCCCGCUGGACAUGACCGAGGCGCACUGUGGCUUCCCGGCUCGGCUGAUGCUGCCGAAGGGCAAGAAGGGCGGUAUGCCGUUCCAGUUGUACUUCAUCGUUUCGCCGUACCACGAGCCGACCACUCCCCAGUACGAGGGCUAUGACUACACGCUGAACUGCGGAGUUGGUUCGGGGGCGCGUUACGUCGAUUCGCUGCCGUUCGGAUAUCCGUUCGAUCGGCCCAUCGACGAGAAGGUCUGGUUCACGCCGAACAUGUACUACUACGAUGCCGUUAUCUAUCACAAGAACGAGAAGGAGAUCAAUGCCGUCCACUGAGGUUGGAUUUGGUUACGGCGGUUAAACGUGUGAAUCUGAAAUGCGAAAAUGGAUUAAUGAAUUUGUUUGUUAAAUGUUAUUGAAGAA